GCCGCGGUGUGGAUGCGUACGGACCUGUCCUCGGGGAAACAGCUCCCGGCGCUUCCACAAAAACUCCAACCCAAACAAAACGCCCACUUGGAUAAUUAAAACGGUAUUUGACAGACGCAAUUUCUACUUCCAUUCUCAUCCCUGGGCCACCUGGUACAGAUGUUACCUUUCUAAGACUGAUGCAAACAUGGGAGGUGAAUCCCUGCUGCAGAGGAUAACUCCAACCUGUCACGUUCACUCCUCUUCCAGCAAACUCUUCUGAGGCCAGUUCUUCUUGAGAGCUGUCUCGGCUGGAAAAGACAGAUUGUCUGGUAAUGCUGGCGGGGUAGCACAGGAAGAACCACAGCCUUCUGCAGGGAGACGUGCCAAAGGAACCACAGCCAGCAUGCCGAAUUCAUGUGGCCUCAGUAGGAAACAUGAAGGUAACUUCUACUGGUAAAGAUCACCUUUAAAAGGGAACAUGGAUUUAAUAAACUCAACAGAACAAAACAGUACAUCAGAAGAACUAUUCAAGUGGGUGACAUCCAAGAUUCUCAUUUCCAUUACCCUGUCUGUGCUUGCGCUAAUGACAACGGCCAUCAAUUCUCUGGUGAUGACUGCAAUAAUUGUGACAAGAAAACUCCACCACCCUGCCAACUAUUUGAUCUGCUCUCUUGCAGUGACUGAUUUCCUUGUGGCAGUCCUAGUGAUGCCCUUCAGCAUUGUCUACAUUGUAAAAGAGACUUGGAUCAUGGGGCAAGUAGUGUGUGACAUUUGGCUGAGUGUGGACAUUACAUGUUGCACGUGUUCCAUCCUGCAUCUCUCUGCCAUUGCUUUGGAUCGUUACAGAGCAAUCACAGAUGCUGUGGAAUACGCACGGAAAAGGACACCAAAGCAUGCUGGUAUCAUGAUUGCAGUGGUAUGGAUCAUAUCCAUUUUUAUCUCCAUGCCGCCUUUGUUUUGGCGGCACCAGACAACCAGCAGGGAUGAUGAAUGCAUCAUCAAACAUGACCACAUUGUUUCCACCAUUUACUCUACAUUUGGCGCCUUCUAUAUCCCCCUGGCCUUGAUUCUGAUCCUUUAUUACAAGAUAUACAAGGCAGCAAAGACCUUUCACAGAAGAAGUGUCAGCAGGAUAGUCAGGGAGGAGGUAAAUGGACAAGUCCUUUUGGACGCAGGUGAGAGAAGCACCAAAUUGACUUCAAUGCCCAGCACAAUGGAGAAGACAUCAGAUCCACUGGUGGACUGUGAUAAAAUCAACGUCAGCAUACGAAGCCCCAGAUCUGAAUCUAAGCAUGAGAAGUCUUGGAAAAAACAGAGAAUCUCUAGUACAAGAGAACGAAAGGCAGCAACUACUCUGGGUCUGAUCCUGGGAGCUUUUGUGAUCUGCUGGCUUCCUUUUUUUGUAAAAGAAGUAGUUGUGAACACCUGUGAAAGAUGUCACAUUUCAGAAGACAUGUCUAAUUUCCUAGCAUGGCUGGGAUAUAUUAAUUCCCUUAUUAACCCUCUAAUCUACACAAUCUUUAAUGAAGAUUUCAAGAAAGCCUUCCAGAAGCUUGUGCGGUGUAGGCAAUAUCUUUAAGAGCUUUUGUUCAUAUAAGCAAAACAUACUCAUUGCUUUUUUUAACGUGUAUAAAUUUAUAUAACUGAGAACACAUUUGUUGUAAUUAAGGAAAAGCACCAAGACUCUGCAUUCACAUUAUGACUCUUUUAUAUAAGUAGCACUGGGAGCACAAAUUGCCCAAGUUUUAAAGAGAUGGAUCUUCCAGGAUUGGUUUUGCUCUGAAGAAAGAGGUAGCAUAUAUUCAUUGAGACCCUGACCGUGCUGGCAUUUGCAGAGCUGCUUAGUUUGAAGCAUAUAGGUAUUACAUUAAAUAUGAAGGAAAUACACACUCUUGAAGUAGAUAAAAGAAACAAAUUUUAAAAAAGAAGAAAAAAAAAAAGCAACCCUAAGUGACUGAUGAAGCUUUAAGCAAACGACAAACAGAUACUGGUCCCUGCUAUCAGUAAAAUGGAAAAUACAACUUCAUAGGCCUGCAGCACAGAGCCAAGAUAUUUUGAACAAAGGGUGGCAGCCUUAAAUAUUCCUAGCAUUAUGCUAUAUUGACUAGCUGAGUUCUGCUCCAGCCCUGCUCUUCCCCAGGACUUUCAUGUGUUAUGCCCUUGCAAUGCCCCAGUAGUAGGCAAGACACUUUCACAGCCCAGUAGUUCAUAGUGAGCCAAUAUUAUGUGCCCUCUGCCAUUGCAUUCAAGACACACAUUACAUUCAAGACACACAUAGCCAUAGGCCCAAGGGAAUGGUAUGGUAGUCAGUGUACCUCCAGUGAUUAGGGUUUCAGAGCCUGGUGCUCUGGGACUCUGUUUCGGUAGGGUCUAUGGUAAAAAGCUACUGGUUGUCCUUCUACUGUUGGUAGAAACAUGAGAUAAUCCCUGCUCAUGACUUCAUCUCUAUCUCACAUGCCUGUCCAGGCACAACUCCUCUAUAUUUCUGAGUACCAAACUUAUCUGCACAGUUUGUGCCAGGGCCCCCAUAUCACUGUUGAUGGUGGCUGGCUUAAUGAGGUUUGCUUUAGAGCCACCAAAUGAAGUUUCAGCUCAGCACAUGCUCCUCCACCCCCAGAAGCAUAAUGUCCCCCACGUCUUUUCUCAACUCUGCCUCAAGCACUAAGGCUGUGCGCCUUCUCCCCAGUCAUAUUAAGAAGCAGAUUCCAACCACAGUUUAGGCAGCAUGGGUCUCCAGAAAAGCCUCUGCAGCCCUUCUUCAGAAAGGGCAGGGAAGUGAU